GGUUGACAGCAGCGUUUUUAUGAGUUCCGCAUUGUUUGCAUCAGAGCAGAAACAAGGGCUCUCCUACACAACACUGUCGUCUGUCACUUUCUCCAGAGAGCAGCUAGACGGCGAGGACCAGCGAACAGGCCUUCCAUUCAGCGCUCACAGGGACCUCCCCGCCUACAGACACCCCAUCAUGGAGGUCCUGCUCCAGGCUCUCUUCAGCCCCCUGCCCACCACGGCCAUCGUCUCGCUGUUCGCCCUGGCUGCUGCCACCCUGUUCUACCUCAGCACCCGGCCCGCGCCACUCCGGCCCCCCGUGGACCUCAAGUGUCAGACGGUGGGGAUCGAGGGCGGGGCCCGGAAGAGUGCUCUGCUGGAGGACAACAACAACCUGAUGUCGUACUACUACGAGGACGGCCGGACCAUGUACCAGUUAUUCCAGAGGGGGAUGAAGGUCUCAGACAAUGGACCAUGCCUGGGAUACAGAAAACCAGGAAGGCCGUACCAGUGGCUGAAAUACAAGCAGGUGUCUGCUCGGGCUGAGCACCUGGGCUCAGGCCUCCUCCACCUGGGCCUCAAACCCAAUUCAGACACCUUCAUCGGUAUCUUUGCUCAGAAUAGACCGGAGUGGAUAAUAGGGGAGCUGGCCUGCUACACCUACUCCAUGGUAGCUGUCCCUCUGUACGACACCCUGGGCCCCGAGGCCCUCACCUUCAUCAUCGACCGAGCGGACAUCUCGACAGUCCUCUGUGACAAGCAGAACAAGGCCGAGUCUCUGCUGCAGAACCGGGAGAAGGGGCAGACGCCAGUGCUCAAGACCAUCGUCAUCAUGGACCCCUUCGACGCGGAGCUGGUGACACGGGGGGCUCAGUGUGGGCUGGAGGUGUUGUCCCUGGCGGACGUGGAGGAACGGGGCAAAAGCAAUCUCCAAAAGCCAAUUCCUCCAAAACCGGAGGACCUCGCCAUCAUCUGCUUCACCAGCGGCACUACUGGAAACCCUAAGGGUGCAAUGCUGACCCAUGAAAACGUAGUUUCUGAUGCAGCGGCUGUGGUCAAAAGCUUUGAGACAACAAUUGUGCCCUGUACCAAGGACGUCAGUAUUUCCUUCUUGCCUCUGGCUCACAUGUUUGAGAGAGUUGUUCAGAUGGUUCUGUAUGGUGCUGGGGGCAGGGUGGGCUUCUUCCAGGGAGACAUCCGACUGCUGCCUGACGACCUGAAGAACCUCCAGCCCACCAUCUUCCCGGUGGUUCCUAGACUGCUCAACCGUGUUUACGAUAAAGUCCAGAGUUCAGCCAACACCACCUUUAAGAAGUGGCUGCUGAACUUUGCUGUGGAGAGGAAGUAUGCUGAGGUGAAGGAGGGCAUCAUCAGAAAGAACAGCAUCUGGGAUCGGCUCCUCUUCCACAAAGUGCAGGAGUCUCUCGGGGGCCGGGUGCGGGUCUUGGUGACGGGGGCGGCUCCCAUUUCCCCAGCAGUUCUCACCUUCCUGAGGGCAGCUCUCGGUUGCCAGAUCUUUGAAGGGUAUGGCCAGACCGAGUGCACUGCAGGCUGCACCUUCACCAUGUCAGGCGACGCCAACUCUGGGCAUGUUGGUGUCCCGGUGCCUUGUAACAUAGUCAAGUUGGAGGAUGUUGAAGAAAUGAACUAUUUCGCUUCCAACGGUGAAGGAGAGGUUUGCAUCAAGGGUAAAAACGUGUUCAAAGGGUACCUGAAGGAUCCGGAGAAAACAGCAGAGGCCUUGGAUGGCGACGGCUGGCUUCACACAGGGGACAUUGGAAAAUGGAUGCCUAGUGGAGUCCUGAAGAUUAUUGAUCGAAAGAAGAACAUCUUCAAGUUGUCCCAGGGGGAGUAUAUUGCACCGGAGAAGAUUGAGAACGUCUACAUACGCAGCGAAACGGUGGCGCAGGUGUUUGUGCAUGGCGACAGUCUACAGUCCUGCCUCAUAGCGAUCGUGAUCCCCGAUGCAGAGACCCUGCCCGGCUUUGCCAAGAAGCACGGCCUCUCCGGCUCCGUGGAGGACCUCUGCCAGAGAACGGAGAUGAAGAAGGCCAUCCUGGCCGACCUGACCAGGCUGGGCAGGGAGGCGGGACUCAAGUCCUUUGAACAGGUGAAGGACGUGCACCUCCACCCAGAGCUCUUCUCCAUCGAGAACGGCCUGCUGACGCCCACCCUGAAGGCCAAGCGCGCGGAGCUGAAGACGCUGUUCCAGCCGCAGAUCGAGAGCCUCUAUGCCAACAUGCAGUGACCGGACCUGACGCAACCAUUCCUUCCCUGUUCAAUUCAUUAAAACAUUUAGCGAGA